AUGGGCUAUCUCAAGUUUCGGAGGCCCGAGUUGACUCGCGAGUCGCUCGGCCUCACCAACUGGGUGCGGUACGACAAAUACAAUCCCACUGCCGCCGGGGCUACCGAGGCGAGGAAGUCGCUGGCAGGCCUGGACUACUCGCCUCUGCGACGAGUAACAUGGGCAUCGUUCUGGAUGGGUAUCCUCAUCUCUAUGGGCGGCUUCAUCUUCGGUUAUGAUACCGGCCAGAUUUCUGGCUUCCUUGCCAUGCCAGACUUCCUGCGGCGAUUCGGUCUGCGACACAGUGAUGGAACGUACUAUUUCAGCAAUGUGCGGUCCGGGCUUAUUGUGGCAAUGCUGUCGAUCGGUACUUUGAUCGGAGCGCUGGUUGCUGCUCCCAUUGCCGACUUUAUCGGCAGAAGACUGAGCGUGACCCUCUGGUGCAUUAUCUUCUGCAUUGGCAACAUUGUCAUGAUCUCCUCGGAACAUCAUUGGUACCAGAUCAUGAUGGGCCGAUGGGUUGCCGGUCUUGGUGUCGGCGCAUUGUCGCUUCUCGUGCCAAUGUAUAUGGCUGAGACCGCUCCCCGGCACAUCCGUGGAUCUCUGAUCAGUACCUACCAGCUCUUUAUCACGUUCGGUAUCUUCUUGGCCGCCUGCAUCAACUUUGGUACCUACGAGCACCAAAGGGGAAACUCUGGAUCAUGGCGUAUCCCCAUGGGAAUUGCCUUCGUCUGGGCCUUCAUUCUCGGCGGAGGCAUCCUUCUUUUCAAGGAUACUCCGCGAUAUCUUUACCGCAAAGGACACAAAGAGGAAGCCAAAAGAAUCAUGGAAAAGGUUUACGGUGCUCCACCAAACCACUACAGCGUCCACGUCGAGUUGGAAGAGAUCGAGGCCAAACUUCGGGCAGAAGCGAAGCAGUCUGGCGUCCUUACUGAGUGGUUCCGCAUGUUCCGUGCUCCCAAGAUGACGUAUCGUAUCGUCCUCGGCAUGACAUUGCAGAUGUUCCAACAGUUGACAGGUGCCAACUACUUCUUCUACUAUGGCACGGUGAUAUUCCAAGCAACGGGUAUCAACAACAGUUUUGUGGUAAUGAUUUUGAACGGCAUCAACUUUGGAACCACAUUCUAUGGCCUGUACAUCGUCGAACAUUACGGCCGUCGGAAGUCGCUCAUGUUUGGAUCGGCCUGGAUGUUCCUGAUGUUCCUGAUUUUCGCCAACGUCGGCCAUUUCUCCCUGGACAAACACGACCCCCAGAAGACCGAAUCCAGCGGCACCGCGAUGAUUGUAAUGGCUUCCUUCUUUAUCGCUGGUUUUGCAACAACAUGGGGGCCUAUCAUAUGGACGAUUUGUGGUGAAAUGUAUCCCUCGAGAUAUCGGGCCAAGAGCAUGGCGAUGUCUACCGCAUCAAAUUGGCUGUGGAACUUCCUCCUCGCCUUCUUCACACCAUUCAUUACCGGAGAUAUCGACUUCCUCUACGGCUACGUUUUCGCUGGCUGCAAUCUGGUUGCCAUUCCCUUGGUCUACUUCUUCGUCGUUGAAGGCCAGGGUCGCACGCUGGAAGAGAUCGAUACCAUGUAUAUUCUUGGUGUGAAGCCAUGGAAGAGCAGCGAAUGGGUUGCCCCUCCGCCAGAUGAGAUGGCCAGAAUCCGCGCCGAGGCUGGAACUGGUGAUACCAUCGAUCCUGAUGACAUUGGUCCUGCCGGGCAGCGCAGCAGCGACGAGUCGAAUGCCGAGAAAGAGGCCGAGAAGGAGGCCGAGCACCAUGCGUAA